AUGCAACCUGUGGCGACUCAACAAUUGUUUGAAGAGGAAGCCAGUGGUACUGAUGGAGGGGAGCCUUUGUCCAGGUUAUGUGUUUUCAGUCCUCAGGAACAACGGGAGGGGCAAGGUAGUAAAGCAAAUCUUAUCCAGAAGAAAGAUGCUCUGAUAGUGCACAAACUUUUGGAGCAACAUCAGAUGGGUCAAGGGAUGGAGAUGGAGGAACAGAGACAAGUGGCAGUUGUUGGGGUAGAACAGACUUCAGAGGUGGAGUUCUCUACAGAGGCAAUGGAUGUGAGGGAGGAGGUUCAAUUGAGAAAUAAUAGAACAUGGAGGAGAGCCAUUAGACAGAGAACAAUACCUUUGAAAUCAAUUGAGGAAGAAGGGGAAGAUCAGAAGGGUAAAACAAAGAAGAGAGGCAGAAAGUUGGGGAUGGAAGAUAGAUGGAAAUUGGUGGAGCCAGUGGGGAUAAGUGGUGGGUUGCUCUUAAUGUGGAAUUUGGAGGUGGAGAUAAAGCAUGUGAAGUGUUCUGAGUUCAGUAUUGGGGUUGAAUUUAGGAUGGAGGGGGAGGCUAUGUGGGAGUGGUGUACUUUUGUCUAUAUGAACACUGACAAGAGGGUGAGAACUUUGCAAUGGAGUCAGUUGACAGAGGAGAAAAAUGAUUGGGGAAGGAAUGGGAGAUUGGAAUCAUAUAUGUUGGAAGAAGAGAAGAAAGGGGGGAGAUUGAGAUCAGAGGCUAGUAUGCUGGGUUUCAGAGGGUUUGUGGAGGGGAUGGGAAUGAAGGAGUUGGAUAUGAUAGGUCAAUCUUAUACUUGGGGGAAUAAUAGGGAGGGAGAGGGGUUUGUGGAGGAGAGAAUAGAUGAGGCUUUUGCAUCCUUUGAUUGGCUAGUGAGCUAUCCAUCAGCCAUUGUGCAGAGUAUCUUUAAAUCAGCUUCAGAUCAUUGCAUGUUACUGGUGAAGAGAAGAUUCAAAUUUGACAAGAGGUGGACCAAAGAGGAAGAAAUAAGGGAUAGGUUGCUGUCAGUGUGGGAUAAAGAAUUAGAGGGCACUCCAAUGCGGAAGGUGGAAGAAAAAAUCAAGCUAUCUAGAUUAGCAUUGAGGAAUUGGGACUGGCAAAAGAAAUCUAAUAGUAGGGAGCAGGUUGAGAAGCUAUCUCUGAGUAAAAACACUUUUGAGGGAGUUAACAGGAGUGUGUGUACCAUUCUUGAGGGGAUUAAAGUCCAGAAUUCUACUAGGUCAACUAAACUCACAGACUGGAACUGGGUAGUGAAUGGUCCAACUAAAAUCAAGCAGGGAGCUGUGGGAAUAGAUAUCUGGGUGGCUGAUCUAAUGGCAAAUGGUGGGAGGAAUUGGGAUGAGAGGUUGGUGAGGGGUACUUUGAAGAAGCUGAAAGUAGAC